GGGCCUACACAGGAGAUUACUAUGUCCCAGAGGACAAUGGGAACUCAGUGCGAGUCUCCCCGUACCGUAGCCGUAAGGUGCUGGUAGUGGAGGGGGAGACGGGGGAGGAGGCAGAGGAGGACAUUGACCAAAUUGUUGCGGAGAUCAAGAUGAGUAUGAGCAUGGGGAGUCUAAGCAGUGGCACUGACCAAAGCCCAGAGGAGCUGGCACAGGACCCUGCACCAAGUGACUACCCUCACCCGAAGCCUGAAACAGCCCCCUACCCUCCAUCUCACCAUCGCCACGACAGCAGGCCCAAGUCCCUGAACCUGCCCUCCAUGCAGCACAACAACCCAGACCUCCAGAGGGGCGUCAAGGCACACCCACGCUCCCCUGAAGACAGGCAGAGAUGGACACAGGAGCAGGUGAGCAAUGGCGCAGAGCAGCCCAGAAAACAGCAGCGCUCUGACCUCAACGUUCCCCUGGAGAACAACAAUGUACCAGAGCCAGCAAAGAAGGUUGCGUCCUUCCCCAGCUUUGUCGAUGUCCCAGGACCCUGCGAACCAGAAGACCUGAUUGAUGGAAUUAUCUUCGCUGCUAACUACCUGGGCUCCACUCAGCUGCUGUCUGAGAGGAACCCAUCCAAGAACAUACGCAUGAUGCAGGCCCAGGAGGCUGUCAGCAGGGUCAAGAGUGCAGACGGAGACGCUCAAACCCUCACUGAGGUCGAUCUGUUCAUCUCCACUCAGAGGAUCAAAGUUCUGAACGCGGACUCGCAGGAGACGAUGAUGGACAACGCACUGCGUACUAUAUCCUACAUUGCCGAUAUUGGAAACAUCGUGGUCCUGAUGGCAAGACGCCGGAUGCCACGCACAGCCUCGCAGGACUGUAUUGAAACUACGCCGGGGGCGCCCGAGGCAAAGAAGCAGUACAAGAUGAUAUGCCAUGUCUUUGAGUCUGAAGAUGCCCAGCUUAUCGCUCAGUCCAUCGGCCAGGCGUUCAGCGUAGCUUACCAGGAGUUCCUGAGAGCCAACGGCAUUAACCCCGAGGACCUGAGCCAGAAGGAGUACAGUGACAUCAUCAACACCCAGGAGAUGUACAAUGACGACCUCAUUCACUUCUCCAACUCUGAAAACUGCAAAGAGCUGCAGCUGGAGAAGAGUAAAGGGGAGAUCCUGGGUGUGGUGAUUGUGGAGUCUGGCUGGGGCUCCAUUCUGCCCACAGUUAUCUUAGCCAACAUGAUGAAUGGCGGGCCAGCGGCUCGCUCUGGCAAGCUCAGCAUUGGAGACCAGAUCAUGUCCAUCAACAAUACGAGCCUAGUGGGGCUGCCACUCGCCACCUGUCAGGGAAUCAUUAAGGGCUUGAAGAACCAGGUUCAGGUGAAGAUGAACAUUGUCAGCUGCCCUCCUGUUACCACUGUCCUCAUUAAGAGACCAGAUCUUAAGUAUCAGCUGGGCUUCAGUGUCCAGAACGGCAUCAUAUGCAGUCUGAUGCGGGGAGGCAUCGCUGAGCGAGGUGGGGUCCGUGUGGGUCACAGGAUCAUAGAGAUCAAUGGGCAGAGUGUGGUGGCCACAGCACAUGAGAAGAUUGUCCAGGCUCUGUCGAACUCUGUUGGAGAGAUUCACAUGAAGACCAUGCCGGCAGCCAUGUUCAGACUUCUAACAGGACAGGAGACACCUAUGUACAUAUAAACAAUGGCGGAGGACCGCGCCACAGGACGGGCGGUCACCUGUGAUUGGUUAACUUACGGGGGAAACCAACCUGACCAGUAACUUAGGGGGGAAGCUCACUUCUCCCUGUCGAUGCAUUUCUUGUUUUUUUUUCUUUGAGCUGGUGACUUCAAUUCUUCAUCAUCUCUUCCCUUGUCUGUGCUUAACAUGCAACGCCAUUUUAUUGAAAUGAGAAGCUUUUUCCAUCCGACCAGCUGAAGAGACUGUGUGUGUGUGUGUGUGUGUGUACUGUUUAUUUAUUUGUCCUGUCUGUGCUUUUCUGUGUCACUUCAGUGAGACUGUGUGGACGGACUUAUCGAGUGAAUGCGUCACAAUUUAUUUUUUUAUAUUCAUGUAAUGCAAUAUGAUACUUCUACUAUACUUCUUGUAUAGUUUCAUUUUCUUCUCUGUUUAUUUAUUUCUCAUGUAAAUACAUAUUUUGCUAAUAUUGCGACUUAAGGCAGAGGGGAGGGAGGGGCCACAGCUGCGCUGUAAAUAUUUAUUGAAUCUUGCUGUUGAACUGAAAGCAGUCUGGGAUGAUGGCAACGACACAAUUAAAUGCCAGUUAUCAUCGUAGUUGCCAGUGAAAAAGGGAAUGAGCUCAGUGUUCGAAAUGUCGGGUUUCAAUACACUAAAGUUGAUAUAAUGUACAUGUGAAUCAAACCAAUGCUUGCAGCAGGGGUUUAUGGGAGAAAUGCCAUAUCCUUUUGAUUUCCUUCAUUAUACGGCAAUACACAAGUUCAGCCUCUGAAUGGCAAGAUUAGUCUUUUCUAAAUCUCAUGUACAAACACUCACACACAUUUAAAUAAGAAGCAAAUGAAAACAACCACUAACAUGCAUUAAUUAUGCUUUUGAUAUCAAAGUCACACGUGUGAAAAAUUCAGUUCCUUUUGUGUGCUACUCUACUUUUGUUCAUCUUUAGUGUUCCUGACUGAAACUCAUGCAUACUAUGAGUGGAUUGUGAAUGUAACUGUGUUGUGUGAGCUGUCCCAUUGCCAUAAGCAGUAUUAGAAUGUCUGUACAUAAAGAGAAACUUGUCUAGUAUUGUGCUCAUGUUAAAAAAAACAAAACAAACAAAAACAAAACACACAGGUUUAGUCACUGCAAACAUCUUCCCACCUGUAUGUUGGCUUUCAGUCUUGAGAGGGAAAGAGAACUGUGAAUCACACACUGUGACAGAAACAAGCCUUACCACUGAGUAAUGGUUUUACAAUGCAUCGUAG